AAAAACUUCCUGCGCGAGGAGAAGACAUGCCAAGCUCCACUCGGACGCCAGCAGUCUCCUCUUAAGCCUGCAGGGCGCGCGGAGGGCUUCGGUUUCUUCCUUCCCUUCUUGUCGGAUACUUUUUUUGGGGGGGGGGAUUUGAUUUGUCACCACGGCUUCAAAGGUGGACGCCGCGUUCCCCUCGCUGCCCUUGCAUUUCUUUAAGAGAGAAAUGGAAGAGGGCUCCGGCUCCCCGGUGUCCCCCGUGGACAGCCUGGGCGCCGUGAGCGAGGAGGAGCCGGACCAGCGCCGGCCGGGCGGCAAGCGCUGCGCCCGCAAGCGGAGACCCAGCAAGAAGUCCGGCGGCGACGACGGCGGCGGCGGCGGCGGCGGCGGCGGCAGCCCGGCCCCCCUGAAGCGGACCAAGAAGCUCAGCCCGAGCGGACCGGGCAGCACCGGGGCCCAGUCCUACGAGGAGCUGCAGAACCAGCGGGUGCUCGCCAACGUGCGCGAGCGCCAACGGACGCAGUCGCUCAACGAGGCCUUCGCCUCCUUACGCAAAAUCAUCCCCACGCUGCCCUCGGACAAGCUGAGCAAGAUCCAGACGCUCAAGCUGGCGUCGCGCUACAUCGACUUCCUGUGUCAGGUGCUGCAGAGCGACGAGAUGCAGGACAACAAGAUGUCCAGCUGCAGCUACGUGGCCCACGAGAGACUCAGCUACGCCUUCUCCGUGUGGAGGAUGGAGGGCGCCUGGUCCAUGUCCGCCUCUCACUGAAGGCCGCAACUUGUCACAGUUGGGAUCGAGCCAAAAGACUGUCUACCAAAAAAAAAUUAAAAUAAAAAAUGGACUCUAAAGAGCCCGUGGAAGUGCGAGGCAUUGAGACGUAAUGUGAGACGCACACACACACACACACACACACGCACUCACACGCAUGCACUGAGGAGUGUGCGUGCGUGUGUGUGUGUGCGCGUUCGUGUGGCUGCAGACUGAGCACACUGCCUCUGACAGGAUGUAGUUGGGACGAUCGCUUGGAUAUGACAGCAAAAGUCUCGAAGAAGGAUGUACAGUAAAUGGAUUUUGGAAUUGCUUCCCAAAGGCUUUUUUCCAGCAAAGUAUGUUUGAUCUGUAAAUGAAAGCAUCGUGUAUAUAAAUGUGUAUAAGUGCGCCUAUAGCCUGCAAAGGGACCAAUGCAAUCCCACAUGCUGUGGUCAUACUCAAGUCUUUUGUACAUUUUUGCUUAUUUAUUAAAACAUA